CCCCUCCUCUCUCAGUUCAUCUGCACACACUGCUCCCGCUCAUUCUUGGCCACUCACUUUGCUUUGUGGUUUGAAAUCCAACUUGAUCAUUUGGUUGUUCAGCAGAUUCUCCAUCAGAACAUAACGCAUGGACAAAGGCAACAGGGGUGUAUGCUGAGAGAGAUCAGACGUCUUUAACGAGGACUUCUACAUCAAACCAGGCUAAUCUAAAACAAUGGAUGACCUGGAUGAUGACAUUUCAUCACCUGGGUUUGAGAGGCUCUUUAUCAAAGAAGAGGAAGGGGAUCCAGACGGAACAAUCAUGGAGCAAAGAGAGUGCAACACAAACCUGUCUGGACUCACCUUUGCAGAAACACAGCUUAAACAGUCAGCUUUAAUAAAGCCAUACCUACAGGAGAUGGAUGAGUUGUUGAAAGGUUGUGAGGAGCUCACUGGUAUUCCCUUUGGCUCUCACUCUUACUCGACAAGUUAUACAGAAACAAGUCUGAGUGAAUCAAGUCAGCGCAAAGAGCAGUUUACAAUGGACGGCUAUGGGGAAACUUCUCCCCAAGAGUAUAUUUCCACCAGCUACAUUGACACACACAUGGAUGGGGCUGGAAUAGAAGAGCGACCAGCACAAGGGUGUUCACAAAGCCUGGGCACCAUCAUCAACAGGUGUGGAGGGACCACAGAGGUUUCUCGCCAGGUAGAAAUGCCUCUCACCUCAGCAGGUAACAAAUUGAGUGAAACCAUGGUGGAGUAUGAAGCCCAGCUGUUGGGGAUGCUGGCCAUGCUGGAGAGCUGUAUGGAAGAGGCAGGCAUGGACUUUGACCCCCAAGGCUGGGAGAGUCCAGAAUAUGUUCACAUCAAUAAGAAUCCCCCACUUUACAGGGGUACAACACUGGUGCCCAUUCACAGAGGGUCACUGAGCCAACCAAUGCAAGUAGAAUCCUGGAUUGGUGAAUGUGUAGGAGGAGAUGAGGUUUUAAAAGAUAACAGGAACAGAAGCACAGCAGGUUCUGAAACACAUCAUUUGACUGGUUCAUCAGGAGAGAGACUAGAAAGACAAGGUAAUUUCACAGUAGGUCAGGGGGGUGUUGAUGCACAGAUCAGGGCUUCAGAGCCACCAAUGCCAUUUGAUGGUACAGAACAGGAUCCAAUGUAUUACGAGAGCACAAAGACAGAACACAUCUUUCCUGAAAGUAUGGAAAGAAAGGGUCGUAUAACUGGGAUUGAUGAAUUAGCAGCUGAGGAGAGACUUGAACACAAGAUAGACAUGGCUGAAGUGGGAUCUGGUGUAGAUGAAUUAGGGAUAUUGGGGACUAAGAUGGAGGAAUGCAUAGAGGAGGUACAUCGAUUAGAGACAAGGAGGAAGGAGCUGUUGGUGGAGGUGCUACAGCUGAGACGGUUUAAAGGUCAGGAUGAGGCAGAAGGGGGAAGUGAGGAGAACGUGGAAACGGAUGAGCAGAUUGACAGCAAAGUGGCUGAGCUCAUGAAUGUGCUCCAGAAGGAAAGAGAUGGAAGAGCGGUGGAAAGGAAGAGGGAGAUACAGAGCCUCAGGGAGGAGAGGGCAGAGGAGGAGAGGAGGAUGUGGAAGGUGAACCUGGAGAGGCAGGGUCUGCAAGAGGAGCUCAUAAAGGUCAAGAGGAAGCUGUUCGCUAUGGCUAAAGGCUGCGCCCAAAAUCAGGCUACUCUGAACAACCAGCGCCGUGAGGUGGAGCUGCUACAGAGAGACGAGGAGAUGCUGAACUCCCUGGUGGUCCAGCUGACAGAGGAGGCCUACCAGAUCAGGUCAGCCCAACAACAACAGCUCUUAGACCUAAGAGCAAAACUUCACGCCCAGAGCUCCAGUCAGAACACCAACACUCAGGAGGAGCUGACUGAGUGCAGGAGGCAUUCAUGUGGGGACAUCCAGCAGUAUCUAGAGGGUGGCCUCAAAGCACUGGAGCAAAGAUACGAACCAGUGUUACUGGCAUUGCUCAAGAGGAGAGAGGCAGCAGCCAGCGCAUUAGUGAAAACCAAAGAGCAGGCUCAGGAGCUCAAGACCCAGUUGAUCCCACUAAGGGAGGAGAUGCAAAAACUGAAGCUGCAGAGGGCUUGUUUGGAGGAGAAACUCAAACUAAUUCACAUACACAGAAGAGAGGAUGUUGGUCAGUACAAGGAGACUGUAUAUUGUCUUGAGGAGAGCAGCAGAGAGCUGAAGACUGAGUUAAACAUUCAGAAGAGAAAAACCAAAGAGAUUGAGGAGCUGAGAGACAGCCUUACCAAGCAACUCCUGCUUUACAGGGCAGCCAUUGACAACCAUGACCAAUGUGACCAUGAGGAGAAAACAUGAUUCAGUGAUGAAUGUGAGCUUUGUAACUGAGUAAUGCAAUUUCAUUAUUUUUCUUUAUCUGACAUAUAGUAAACUCAAAAGUUUCAAUAACCGCAGUUUAACGUCACCGCAUUUCCCAACUGAGAUCAGAAAAUGUUUUUAGAACAGUCUGAUGCUUGUAGAAAGGUUUUUGUUAUGAAUAAAGGCCUGGUGUUCCUGUAAUUGGAGUGCGACUGAUGAGUUAAUGUCUGCCUCUAAAUAGCAGAGUCUCUUGUGUACUUAUAAGGACACCCUGUCUGAAGAAGUAAACUGUUGGACAUGGAGUAAUAAAGCAGGAGUAAGCUCAGGAGAAUAACAUCAGACACACAAAAAACGUCUGAGUCAACUGUGGUGAGGUGUUACCAACUCUCCCACUAAAAGCAUUAAAGAUUGUUUAAAAAUACUUUGAAGAUUACCAAGACCAAACAUGACAUGGACGUUAGACACACUUUAUUAAGAAUGCACAACUUCAAAAUACUGAACACAGAUAGAAAAAAAAAAAGAACUUCUAGUCUAUACGACAACAUGUAAAUGAGUUAGGUACAAGCGAGGUAAGAAAAAGUAGAGCCACAAAUGCACACUACAAACACAAAUUUACCCUACUUCCAUAGAAAUGGUCUGUGUAGAAAUUAAAACAAUUCAGUGGUGAUCACACUGACGUAAUAAA